GCCGUUUCACCGCACCUCCGGAACCAUCCGCCCCCUCAGAAAUUGUCAGAUUAUUAAGGAUCUCAGCUCUACGGAAGAAAUCAGGGACCCUUUUGUUCCUGGAAGAGGGAUUGGAGAGGUGGAAAGUUAAACAUGCAGAUCUUUGUGAAGACCCUGACUGGCAAGACCAUCACCCUUGAGGUUGAGCCCAGUGACACCAUUGAAAAUGUGAAGGCCAAGAUUCAAGACAAGGAAGGCAUUCCUCCCGAUCAGCAGAGGCUGAUCUUUGCUGGCAAGCAACUGGAAGAUGGACGCACCCUGUCUGACUACAACAUCCAGAAGGAGUCCACUCUCCACCUGGUGCUGCGCUUGAGGGGAGGUAUGCAAAUCUUUGUGAAGACCUUGACUGGCAAGACCAUCACCCUCGAGGUCGAGCCCAGUGACACCAUUGAGAACGUGAAGGCCAAGAUCCAAGACAAGGAAGGCAUUCCUCCCGAU